GAUGACCAAAGGAAGGAAGAAGUGUCCCAUUAUGCUCACCCCAUCAAGUCCAUUCCUGUUCAAGUGCACCCCUUAGGUGCCCUGAAUGCCUGCUUCUUAGACAGGAAAGCCAGUUAGGAGAUGAGGAAGGGAAGGAAAAAUGGAGGAAGGCAGCAGUAUUUAGGCGCUCCCUGGCUCCUGUAAAACUCAUCUCACCUGUGAUACCCCCAUCUCAUUUUCAGCCAUCCCAUCCCCAGGUUUCCUCACCAUAUGGCCCUUCUUUUGAUCCAGAGGGUGGGCAAAACUUUGGGCUGACUUUUACCUUGUUUCAGGAGUUCAAAAGGAUACCUUCAUGCAUUUUCUUUAUUUGCAGUCUUGCCACAGUGCCUCUCUAGACAAGAAUUCCAGAAGGAAAGGCAUAGCUGAGCAGAUAGCAAAGAGUUAAUGACAACCCCAGGACUGAGGAUCUACUUUGAGCAAGAGUCCUGAGUCAAUUUAGCAAAAAUACCCCAUCCUGUAUCUGAACAUCUUUGGUAUUUGAAUUUUUCAUCCUUCGUCUUUGAUGUCCUGCACCCUGGCCUGCCUUCAGCCGGAGUCCUUUGGAGUUGUAGCAAGGGUUGCUGUUAUCUGUCAUGUAUCCUUUUAGUAAUUUUUAGUCUACUGACCCCCAUCUUACUUCCUUAAAUCCUUACUUGACUUCGUUGGAGUUGGGGUUGAGUCCACUCUAUGAAUCUUUCCACAAAACCUUCCUAUAGUAGGCCCUCUUGAAUAAAGUCUGCUUUAUUGUAUUUAACAAACGUCAUAAUUUUAACGGAACGCUGUAGAUUGCAGCCCGGCCAACUGGGAGUGUGAGGGCCUGAAAGAGGCACAGGGCAGAGAGGGGCCAGUCCUAGAAACGGGGAUGGGCCGCGACUAAUGGUAAUGUCGCAAAAAGCAGAUAACUUUGGCUGGAGUCAGAUGCAGAAGGUGGAGAAAUACAAAGCUAAAACAAAACAGCAAUGUGGGCAGGGACGCGGCGCACGGGGGAGUAGGCGUCAGUCCUCAGCAGGUGGCUCGGGGCGCAAGGGGCGCCGCCCCCCGAUCAGAGCGCAGCCGGCGUACUUUCCGGCGCCCUUCGGUGGGUGGAAACGCAACAAGCGUGCGGACGGAAGCCGGGAUGCCCGCCGCGGCCUAGGGGAUGCGCGUUGGGCAAUCCGCGCCCCGCCCCCGCCCUCGCCCCUGCCCCCGCCCUCGCCCCUGCCCCGCCCCCGCCCCCCCUGCCCCGCCCCGCCCCGCCCCCGCCGUCGCCCCUGCUCACACCGCCCCGGCGUGCGUCGUUUCCGGGAACCCCCGGGGUUCCCGCGCGUGCGCCUGCGCCUGCGCCUGCGUAUAAACCGAAGCGCCGACGUGGGCUUGGUGGGGCUGGAGCUUCUGGCCAGCAUCAUAUUCUCCCCCUGGGACAUUUGCAGCCAUCUACUGGAUACCUUUGAGGAAGCUGUUGUUGAACAACCACUAGGUUGUUAUGAAUGCUGAUCUUUGAUGUAAUGACUUCAGGGAGCAUUUCCAUGUUCCUUGCCUACUUUCUAUUUUGACAAAUUUCUGAAAUAUUGUACAGAAACGUGUGAGAAAGGGCCCUGAACACCAUCGCCCACCAUUUAGGUUUAGCAAUGAAUACAUGUAAUAGGUAACAGUUAUGUAUGUGUUGAUAAUAUAUGUGUUAAGUGCAGCAUAUUUGUCUAUGUUUACAUAUUUGUGUGUAUAUGCAUAUAUAUGUUUAUGUGUGUUUUGUGUGUUUUGAUGUGUAUACAUGCAUGAGUAUGCAUUACACGUAUAUAAGUGUACAUACAUGUGUAUUUGUGUAUGCAUGUAUUUUUAUAUUUGUAUAUAAAUAUAUUUGCAUGUGUGUUUAUAUAUAUUAAGUGAAUAUUUCGUUAUGUGUUUUGUAUGACCAUGUGAAAAUAAAUACGAGUGCAAUACUUCCUUAAAUAUUUCAGGACAUAUAUUCUAAGGAUAAGGACAUUCUUCACAGCCAUAAUAAUGUUAUCACAUCUAAGAAAAUGAGCAUUAAUUUUUUUCUUUUCUUUUUUUUG